CAUCUCGAUCUGUGAUGAGCUUUAAACAUGAGAGCAUAACCUUAGGGUUGUGUUCUCUAUCAUAACAGUCCGUUUCGAUCUCUAAAAGCGCUUCCAGCUGCAGGGGUGUAUGAGGAGCAUCAGAGUAAAGAGUUUUGCCUCGAUCAGGUAGCGAAGGAGGUGAAAGUAGGAGUGGAAGAGGGGGGCUGUGGUUGGAUUUAGUGAAAGAAAACAACAUGGCCGCGGUGGAGCUGGAAUGGAUCCCUGAGACCCUGUACAACACCGCUAUCUCAGCCGUGGUCGACAACUACGGCCGAUCGCGACGGGACAUCCGCUCUCUGCCUGAAAAUAUACAGUUUGAUGUGUACUACAAGCUUUACCAGCAAGGCCGCCUCUGUCAGCUGGGAGGGGAGUUCUGUGAGCUGGAGGUCUUCGCUAAAGUCCUCAGGGCCUCUGACAAAAGGCACCUCCUACACCACUGCUUCCAGGCUCUGAUGGACCACGGUGUAAAGGUCGCUUCAGUUCUGGCCAACUCUUUCAGCCGCCGAUGUUCAUACAUCGCAGAGUCAGAUGCGCAUGUGAAAGAGAAAGCUAUACAGUUUGGCUUUGUUUUAGGUGGCUUUUUAUCAGAUGCCGGCUGGUAUGGAGAUGCAGAGAAAGUCUUCCUGUCUUGCCUCCAGCUGUGCACAUUACACGAUGAAGUUCUUCACUGGUAUCGUGCAGUGGAGUGUUGUGUGAGGUUACUUCAUGUGCGUAAUGGCAACUGCAAAUACCACCUGGGAGAAGAAACUUUCAAACUGGCCCAGUCUUACAUGGACAAACUAGCCAAACACGGCCAUCAGGCUAAUAAGGCUGCCCUGUAUGGAGAACUGUGUGCCCUACUCUUUGCCAAAAGCCACUAUGAUGAGGCUUAUAGGUGGUGUAUAGAGGCUAUGAGGGAGAUCACCGUUGGCUUACCUGUGAAAGUAGUAGUUGAUGUUCUCAGACAAGCCUCUAAGGCAUGUGUUGUUAAGCGGGAGUUUAGGAAAGCUGAACAACUGAUAAAACAUGCGGUCUUCUUGGCACGGGAACAUUUUGGGCACAAGCACCCAAAAUACUCAGAUACACUACUAGAUUAUGGAUUUUACCUAUUAAAUGUGGAUAAUAUCUGUCAAUCAGUGGCCAUUUACCAGACUGCACUAGAUAUUCGACAGUCAGUGUUUGGAGGAAAGAAUAUUCAUGUUGCAACUGCACAUGAGGACCUGGCGUAUUCGUCCUACGUCCAUCAGUACAGCUCUGGUAAAUUCGACAAUGCACUAUUCCACGCAGAACGUGCCAUAGACAUCAUAACUCACAUUCUCCCUGAAGACCAUCUGCUGCUGGCCUCAUCCAAGAGGGUGAAAGCCCUAAUCCUGGAGGAGAUCGCCAUUGAUUGCCAUAACAAAGAAACCGAGGAACGCCUCCUGCAGGAGGCCCAUGAUCUGCACCUCUCCUCCCUGCAGUUGGCCAAAAAAGCUUUCGGAGAGUUCAACGUUCAGACGGCAAAACACUAUGGGAACCUGGGCCGCCUCUACCAAUCCAUGCGCAAAUUGAAGCACCUCCUACACCACUGCUUCCAGGCUCUGAUGGACCACGGUGUAAAGGUCGCUUCAGUUCUGGCCAACUCUUUCAGCCGCCGAUGUUCAUACAUCGCAGAGUCAGAUGCGCAUGUGAAAGAGAAAGCUAUACAGUUUGGCUUUGUUUUAGGUGGCUUUUUAUCAGAUGCCGGCUGGUAUGGAGAUGCAGAGAAAGUCUUCCUGUCUUGCCUCCAGCUGUGCACAUUACACGAUGAAGUUCUUCACUGGUAUCGUGCAGUGGAGUGUUGUGUGAGGUUACUUCAUGUGCGUAAUGGCAACUGCAAAUACCACCUGGGAGAAGAAACUUUCAAACUGGCCCAGUCUUACAUGGACAAACUAGCCAAACAUGGCCAUCAGGCUAAUAAGGCUGCCCUGUAUGGAGAACUGUGUGCCCUACUCUUUGCCAAAAGCCACUAUGAUGAGGCUUAUAGGUGGUGUAUAGAGGCUAUGAGGGAGAUCACCGUUGGCUUACCUGUGAAAGUAGUAGUUGAUGUUCUCAGACAAGCCUCUAAGGCAUGUGUUGUUAAGCGGGAGUUUAGGAAAGCUGAACAACUGAUAAAACAUGCGGUCUUCUUGGCACGGGAACAUUUUGGGCACAAGCACCCAAAAUACUCAGAUACACUACUAGAUUAUGGAUUUUACCUAUUAAAUGUGGAUAAUAUCUGUCAAUCAGUGGCCAUUUACCAGACUGCACUAGAUAUUCGGCAGUCAGUGUUUGGAGGAAAGAAUAUUCAUGUUGCAACUGCACAUGAGGACCUGGCGUAUUCGUCCUACGUCCAUCAGUACAGCUCUGGUAAAUUCGACAAUGCACUAUUCCACGCAGAACGUGCCAUAGACAUCAUAACUCACAUUCUCCCUGAAGACCAUCUGCUGCUGGCCUCAUCCAAGAGGGUGAAAGCCCUAAUCCUGGAGGAGAUCGCCAUUGAUUGCCAUAACAAAGAAACCGAGGAACGCCUCCUGCAGGAGGCCCAUGAUCUGCACCUCUCCUCCCUGCAGUUGGCCAAAAAGGCUUUCGGAGAGUUCAACGUUCAGACGGCAAAACACUACGGGAACCUGGGCCGCCUCUACCAAUCCAUGCGCAAAUUCAAGGAGGCAGAGGAGAUGCACAUCAAGGCCAUUCAGAUCAAGGAGCAGCUGUUGGGACAGGAGGACUAUGAGGUGGCUCUGUCAGUGGGACACUUGGCCUCGCUCUACAACUACGACAUGAAUCAGUAUGAUGACGCAGAGCGUCUGUACUUGCGUUCCAUCUCUAUUGGCAAGAAACUAUUCGGGGAGGGUUACAGUGGACUGGAAUAUGACUACAGAGGCCUGAUAAAACUGUACAACUCAGUUGGAAACUACGAGAAGGUCUUUGAGUACCACAAUAUUCUGUCCAACUGGAACCGUUUAAGGGACAGGCAGUUUGCGGUAGCCGAUGCGCUGGAGGACGUCAACACGAGCCCCCAGGCCACAGAGCAGGUGGUGCAAUCUUUCCUGCUUUCCCAGAGCCACGGAGCCGGCCGUCCCUGCUUGGGCUAACGGCCGGGAAGCCCACCUGAAACCUAGAUGUGCACACCCACCCCCAUUUCACACCCUCACAUCCAGUUAUUCACAAGUAGUCCAGACGGGCGGGGAGUGUGAUUUAUUAUCCUGAGCUUCUCAAGGACCGUCAAUUCACUUGUACCAGCAACUCCCCAAGCCCAUUUCCUUAAAAUGGGAGAAAAACCCUGACAUCUUUGUGACCCUGCUAACACUCAUGAUGGAUAAGCAACCAUUCAUCGAAUUCAUUCACUCUCCUUUGAAGAACCCGACCAUUUCUCUGAGUUCAAGAGGAGUUGAAUAAAAAAAACAGUGCAGUCCGACAAAGACGGAAAACUUCCACACCCUCUAUUCUUUUUUUUAUUUGAUUUUGUAUUUGAAGGAGAGUCGCUCCACACUACAGGAAUACUUUGUUUAUCACCACAUUGUCUAUUUGUGGAGGAAAUUGCUCAGCGCAGCUCCCACAGAACGAGAUUCGAAAUCGUUCAUAUAACCGAGUGAAGGAACAUCCGUAGGCGUCCGUGUCCCCAUUAACACGAGGAUUAGAGCUUGACUUCAUGUAAUGCAAAGCUUUGCAUUUGAGGAUUACCUGUGUGCUCUCUGGAAAAUGAGACCAGCCAUGUUACAUUAUGGACCAUUAUGUUUAUUUUUGCUUCUUUUUUUUAUUAAUAAUUCAUGUCACGUGUGGAAUUUACGGACCAGUGAGUUUAUGUUUGCUCUAGAUACCUUGUUUUAAGUUCUCUUCUGGUUUUGUAUUCCCUUAGUACUGACAUAGCUUAUUUUAAACUGCCAAUAAUUUAUAUGCAAGGUAUGCUACAACUUGUAGGUGUAACGUUGCAAAUGGAUGAGCCAAAAUGACUUCUGUUCAUAAUAAUAAUACAUACGUGUGCGACCACAGCUAAUUGCCAUAAUAUGAACUAAACCAAGUGGGAGGACAAGUUCACAAAGCUGGCUUUCUGUCAUAGCGGAGCCUUAUUCACGCACACGCACAAUAUAAGCUGAGGCGGUGAUAGUUACGAGACCAGGUUUCCCAGGUCGUUGUUGUUUUACUUUCAGAGCUCGGCCCUGGGCGGCGUAGAUUAACACCCCUGGCCCACUGCCAGCUGACUAGACACACAGAGAAAAGGGCUGAGUGCAGCACCUGUCAUUGUGAAGAGGCUCCCCUGCUGGGGAACCUGCGGUAUAGUGCACAGGGGGUGUGAAUCCACGCACGAUUGUGUAGUAACAGUGCAAUAUUUGCUGAACGCACCUGUACCACUCCAAAACCAAUCAGUCUGACUCAUUUCACUGCCACUCCUCUCUCGAUCCAUAUUUAAAAGCCACACAGACUCUCAACAAAGUUGACAGGAAGAACAUUUCAAGUUUGAAUGAGGGCCGUUCAGAUUAAAUUGGCAUCCUUUUGUCACACCUUAAUAAAGAACUCAUUGCUGAAACAAAGCCUUGCCAGUCAUGUAGAAUGUGCUUUUAGUGUCUCGCCACAUUUUAGCUCCUAGCCAGCAGCACCAGGACCCCAGAUCGAGCUGAAGUCCCAGCCUUAGUCUUAAAGGACUCUCAGCUGGCUGGGAUCUGCUUUGUCAGCUUUUUUUUUUUUUUGAGUAGCUUGCUUCGAACGAAACCUCCACCUUUAGCCCCGUAAACAGAGCAAGAGAUGGCUUAGGACAGGUGAGGGACUAUAUUUCGCACAUUUUGACUCCUUAAAAAUCCGUUUAUUGUUAUGUUUGAGGUUUUAUUGUGAAGAAUGAGGUGGUCUUAAAAAGGAAAGUCCACCUAAAAUGAAAAUUCUGUCGUGAUUUGCUCACCCUCAUGUCAUUCCAAACCUGUAUGCAUU